CGUGUGUCAACAAACAAUACGUAAGGAUCUCGUCCUUGCAAAAUUAAAUCGUUAAUUGUUCCUCCAGUGUACAGUGAAGAUAGAUUUUGUCAAUUUAUCAUACGAAAGGCAAAGUGUAAGUUCCCAAACAACACAACCAAGAUGGCGCAGUACAAGGGGGCGGCCAGCGAGGCAGGUCGAGCCAUGCAAAUCAUGAAGAGGAGGGAGAGGGAGCUGGAGGAGAUGGAGCAGAAGAAGAGGAAGCUUGAAGAAUCACUUAAGAUCAACAAGAUUGAGAACAAGUUUGCCGUCCAUUAUGAUGCUGUGGAGCAGCAGCUGAAGAGCUCGACCAUUGGUUUAGUAACUCUGAAUGAGAUGAAAGCCAAGCAGGAAGAUGUUGUGAAGGAGAGAGAGAAAGAACUCGCAAGGAAGCAAAAGGAGCAAGAAAAGUUGAUGAAGAAGGAAAUAGAAGCAAAGCAGGCAAAGAAGAAAGAGCAGAGGGAUAAGAUUGCCAAACUCAGCUUUUGUCCAGAUGAUGAAGAAGAGGAGGAGGAUGAGGAAGAUGAGGAUGAGGCAGAGAGAAAGAAAGAAGAAGAACAGAGAAUUGAGGCUCGCAAAAUGGAGGAGAGUAAAAAAGGCUUCCGAAUGGUAAAAAACCCGGAUGUGGACACAAGCUUCUUGCCAGACAGGGAGAGGGAGGAUGCAGAGAACAGGCUACGAGAGGAGCUAAGACAGGAAUGGGUUGCACAGCAAGAAGCCAUGAAAAAUGAAGAAAUAGAGAUUACCUUCAGCUACUGGGAUGGGUCAGGCCAUCGGCGAUCAGUUCGCAUGAAGAAGGGUAACAGUGUGUAUCAGUUCCUUCAGAGGGGCCUUGAAAUAUUGCGUAAAGAAUUCAACGAGCUUCGCACUGUCUCAGCUGACCACCUUAUGUACAUAAAAGAAGAUUUGAUCAUACCUCAUCACUACACAUUUUAUGAUUUUAUUGUUAAUAAGGCUAGAGGUAAAAGUGGACCAUUGUUCCAUUUCGAUGUACGAGAUGAUGUUCGGUUGGUGAGUGAUGCUUCUGUGGAAAAGGAGGAAUCCCAUGCAGGCAAAGUGGUGAUGCGAAGCUGGUAUGAACGUAACAAACACAUCUUCCCAGCAAGCAGAUGGGAACCGUAUGAUCCACAGAAGAACUAUGAGAAGUAUACCAUAAAGGACAAGAAUAAGAAGAAGUGAAGGAAUCCUGCCAAGCAUUUUAUAGUACAAAUUGAACUCAUUUAUAUUGAAUACUGCCAGGGAUACAUUACGGGGUAAAGACAUGCCAAGAUACGUCCGGCUUACUACUGUCAGUUCCACUAGUGACUACUUUAGUGUAUGUAUGUUGUAUUGAAUUAAGAAAAUUAGUUGAAGCCAGAAUGUGAUGCAAGAUGUGUUUUCCUGUUUCUUACAUAGCUUCAGAGAAAUGUUGGGGAAAGAGAUAAAGACCUAAUAAAUUCAUAUUGUAUUCCAAAAUAAUUCUGUAUGCUAUUACAAGUGAAAAUACAGCAUAUAUAUUAUUAUUA